AUGAAAACUUUAAAAUUUUUCGGUGAUCAAGCUCGUUCGGAUCCUUCUCAUCCUGAAGAUGAUGCUAAAUCUAAAAAUUCCUUGAUGGCUAAAGUAAAAAGCCUUCGUAAAAGGAAUAAAGAUGGUACUAGUGAUUUGGAUAAAAGAAAUAGUAUAAUUGAAAAAAAUAUUGAUGAAUCUUUAAUUACAAAAGAUAAAGCUGAUAGUGAUUACGCUAAAAGUAUUAAUAGUAAUCAUCGUCAAAGUGUUAUAAGCAUUAAUGGUAAUCGUCUUAGUGGUGUUGAAUAUGAUAAUUUGGUUAAAGGUUUAAAAGAUGAAUUGGAAAAAGUUAGUUACGAAAAAGAAUCCGUAAAACAACAAGCUGAAAAAGUUGAACAAGAACUUAGACGUCGUGAUAGUGAUAUUAAAA